UCAUUUUUUCCCUGUAAAGCAAAAUCACAUGAUGUGUGUUUUGUCAUAUGACGCUGAUGAGAGGACUGAUCCCGCUGCUAACGAGCGUCACUGACGUGUAAAAACAAAGACAGCUCGGACACUUGUCAGGGAUGAGAUGCUGUAGCCGGACAUUGUUUGUGGUUGUACUCGAUAAUACAGGAUAGGAUGGACUGCCAGGGAGUUCUGCCUGCGAUAUGUGCUGCUUGUUUCAUAGGCAUGGUGGUGAGCCAGACCACACUCACUCCUGCUGUGAUGAACACCACUGUCUUUGACAAUGUGACCAGUCUGACUAUAACUCCCGUGAUUCUCAGCAGCACGACCCCGGGCUGCUUUGCAUUCAACACUUCUACUUGUGAGCCCUGUGCACCGGGAUCACAGUACGACAACAACACGCUGCUGUGUGCAUGCUGUCCUGACCCGGGGCUGUGUCUAUUUCCUGGAGCAUGUCUCCCGUGCAACACAGGUUUCUAUCAACCUCGCGCUGGACAGCAGCAGUGUCUGCCCUGUAACCGGGGCUCCUACACAAAUUUGACUGGAAGUCCGUUAUGUCACCCCUGCCCGCCUGGAUCCUUCAACAAUAACACUGGUGGAGACAGUUGCACAAGUUGUUCACCAGGUUUCUUUUCAUCGCAGCAAAGCGCCACUUCAUGUGCACCAUGUUCGCUGGGAAGCUUCUGCAACUCCACUGGUUGCAGCCAGUGCCAGAUGUGUCCUGGAGGAACAGAAGCUCUGCAGAGCGCCGCUAAAGACUGCACACCAUGCAGGCCAGGCAUGCACAAGGCUCCCCAUCAGACACUGUGUCAAAUUUGCGGCAGUGGUUCCUUCCAGAUCCACUGGGGCCAAGAGAGCUGCGACUUAUGCCCAGAGAAUCAUUACUGCCCCAGUCCAGACGUGAACCCCAUUCAGUGUCCCAGCGAUGCGUUUUGUCCUGAGGGCAGCUUGUCUCCAGGCUACUGCAUGGAGACUUUCUUCCGCAAAGAAGGGGAAACUUGUGAAUUAGCUCCUGUCACGAUUGCUCUAUUAGUUAUUGGAGGGGGAGUGGCCCUACUCUUCAUCAUUUUAAUGGUCCUACGUCGACGGAGAGACACUGAUGGAGAGCUGACUGUAGCCCGAGCUCCGUUAUUACGCAAAGAGAGACCUCAGGGUCGAUACUACGGGAUCCCGUGUGACGCAGAACCUGUGUAUGCUGGCUGGUGAACUAAAGGACAUCAGCUCAACUUUUCUUGAAGUUGUUAUGUCCAUAAAGUUUGGGUCCCAACUGACCACAAAAAGACUGAAAGACGAUGGUGAAACACUGGACUGAUGAAGCCUGGAGAGUACUUUGACAACCCACCAGCUUCUUUUAUGUGGUACAUUUGAAUAUAUUAUUGAGAAACAGAAGUUUUUUUUGUGAAUUCUUGUAGUUUGACACUGUUACAGUUGUUCCACUCAGAGAUAAACACGCUCCUUUUGUAAACUAGAUGAUUGGAUUAUGAGAGGUAUGCUGGAACGGGGCUAAAACGAUUUGCCUUGCCUUCACUUGGUGGGAACCUCUCUGUCUUAUGAAAGGCAUGUUUCUUUUUUUAACAGAGGUAAUUGAUUUACUUUGCA